AUGUGUUCUCUGGAUGUCGGGCGCGGUGUCCAGGCGUACGCCGUCAAGCGUGGGUUCAUGGUCGAUCGGUUCGUGCUGAGCAGCUUGAUACACAUGUACGCGAGCUGUGGGGAUGUUGCAGCAGCGCGGCUGCUGUCCAACGCAGUGGAGGAGAAGGGCGUGGUCAUGUGGAACGCGAUCAUCACAGGGUACUUCAAGAACGGAGAUUGGAAAGAGGUAGUGGAGAUGUUUAAGGGCAUGCUUGAGGUUGGGGCGCCCUUUGACGAGGUCACAUUGGUGAGCGUCACCACGGCAUGCGGCCGAAUAGGUGAUGCUGAUCUUGGGGACUGGAUUGGGGGCUAUGUGGAGGAGAAGGGGAUGGUGGGGAACCGGAACUUGGUGACCGCUCUGGUCGACAUGUAUGCCAAGUGCGGAGAGCUUGGUAAGGCAUGGAGGUUGUUCGACAGGAUGCAGUCCAGGGAUGUGGUUGCUUGGAGUGCAAUUAUCUCAGGGUACACACAGGCAGAUCAGUGCCGGGAGGCACUUGCCCUUUUCAGUGAGAUGCAGGUUGCUGAGGUUGAGCCGAAUGAUGUGACCAUGGUCAGUGUGCUCUCUGCUUGUGCUGUCCUGGGUGUACUUGAGACAGGGAAGUGGGUGCAUUCAUACAUAAAAUGGAAGCGUUUGCCUCUCACCGUUGUUCUUGGCACUGCAUUGGUGGACUUCUAUGCAAAGUGUGGAUGCAUUGAUAGUGCGGUCGAGGCAUUUGAGUCAAUGCCUGUGAAGAAUUCAUGGACAUGGACAGCCUUGAUAAAGGGCAUGGCGAGCAAUGGAAGGGGUAGAGAAGCACUAAAGCUCUUCUCAUCUAUGCAUGAGGCCAAUAUCGAACCCACAGAUGUGACAUUCAUUGGUGUUCUCCUGGCUUGCAGUCACGGUUGCUUAGUUGAAGAGGGUCGCCGGCAUUUUGAUAGCAUGAUCCAGGAUUAUGGUAUCCAGCCAAGAAUUGAGCACUACGGCUGCAUUGUGGAUCUGUUGGGACGGGCUGGUUUGAUUGAUGAGGCAUAUCAGUUUAUCAGAACCAUGCUGAUUGAGCCAAACACAGUGAUAUGGAGGGCACUACUGUCUUCCUGCACAGUUUACAAAAAUGCUGAAAUCGGGGAAUAA